UUCAAUAAAAUACUUUUAAUACAAAUUUUAUAAUUAUAAACACAUCAUAAUUUAAUAGUAAUCACAUCUUAGAGGCAUCUGAGAAGGAAUUUAGAUUGUUCCUUAAUUUGUGGGCCGUACUGAACCAUUCCGUCGUGAUGUCAUCUCUUAGAUUUGGUCGCCGGCCGGCCUUUCUCCCUCUUCUUUCUCUCACAUUCAUUCAUUCUCUCCGCCGUUGUUAUAUUAUAUAUGUUUAUGUUUACAUAUAUAUGCUUAACGAUCUUAUAACUCUAAAACAACACCAUGGUUAAGUUCAAAUUCUCUUUGUCAUCUUUCCGACUAUGUCGACCCAAAAACACUUCCCAUUUCUUCUCCCCCAUCAACCCUAAAGUUCUCGAGAUCGCUUACCCUACUAGUACCAUUCCCUCGCCACCUCCCACCACCCCUAGCAGCCACCAACAAUCCCGCAUCUCCAAAUCGAAAACCGCACCUCUCACCACCACCCCGGAGACACAGAACUCUCCUGUUUCUUUCACCAAAAUCUCCGGUGAUCGAAGAAGUAAACACAAGAAGACGAACAACAUGGAGUGCUCUUCAGAUGAAAGUGGUUGGUUCAGUAACAGCGAUAGAGAAACCGAUAGCAUGAGCAUCAGCGUUGAUUCAUAUAAGAAGGAUCAUGAUGAGACUGUGUUGUACGUUAAGAAUAUUGGUGGUGGGACGACGGAGAAGAAGAUGAAGAAAGUGGAGGAGAAAAGGAAGUCGAGGAUGAUGAAGGAGAGCCUGACGGUGGUGAAGUGGUCGAAGGAGCCGUAUGACGAUUUCAAGAAGUCGAUGUUGGAGAUGAUAUUGGAGAAAAAGAUGUUUGAAGCUAAGGAUUUGGAACAGCUGUUGCAGUGCUUUUUAUCUUUAAAUUCCAAACAUCAUCAUGCCGAUAUUAUAUCUGCAUUUACGGAGAUCUGGGAACUGUUGUUCCUUUGAGCAUGCUGCAUGCAUGCCCUCCAAUCCAUUGAAGAAGCCAUGGAUACAAGCUUAAUUAAUUCUUUUGUAUGUACGUAUAUAUAUGUGUGUAACGAAAACGAAAGUGUAAUGCAUACGAGUAAUACAUGGUAUAUAUGCACAUGAAUAU